AUGGUGAGUCCUGAACAGAAAGUGGUCCUGAUCACUGGCUGCUCCUCUGGGAUUGGCCUGAGGAUUGCUGUGAUGCUGGCCAAGGAUGAAAAGAAGCGCUAUCAAGUAAUUGCCACAAUGCGUGACCUGAAACGCAAAGACAAGCUGGUGGAAGCUGCAGGGGAUGCAUACGGGAAAACUCUGUCUCUAGCUGUUCUGGAUGUCUGCAGUGAUGAAUCUGUAAAACAGUGCAUUGAUGGUAUCAAAGAUCGACAUGUAGACGUCCUUAUCAACAAUGCUGGAAUUGGUUUAGUGGGUCCAUUAGAAAGCAUUCCUAUCGAAGAGAUGAAGAAAGUCUUUGAGACUAAUUUCUUUGGGGUCAUCAGGAUGAUCAAGGAAGUGAUGCCGGAUAUGAAGAAAAGGAGAGCGGGACACAUCAUUGUGGUCAGCAGUGUUAUGGGAUUACAAGGGGUCGUGUUUAAUGAUGUCUACGCUGCUUCUAAGUUUGCCAUGGAGGGCUUUUGCGAGAGUUUGGCUGUUCAGCUUUUAAAGUUUAACGUCAUCCUAUCGAUGAUUGAGCCAGGACCAGUUCACACAGAAUUUGAAGCAAAGAUGAUUCAGGAUGUGAAACAGAAAGAGUAUCCAGGAGCAGACCCUGAUACGGUGCAUUACUUCAAAAAUGUCUACCUCCCUUCCUCUGUGGACAUUUUUGAGGCACUUGGACAAACACCUGAUGACAUUGCAAGAUGCACCCAGAAAGUGAUUGAAGCAAGGCCACCCCGUUUCCGUAAUCUGACCAAUCCGCUGUACACGCCCAUCGUUGCACUGAAAUAUGCUGAUGAAACUGGAGGGCUGUCUGUUCAUGCCUUCUACCACAUGCUUUUUAACAUGGGCCCACUAAUGCAUGUCAGCAUGACCGCCAUGAAGUAUCUUACCUGUGGAUGUCUGAGGAGAAGGACAAUUUCACCAAACUAAAAACCAACAUUAUUG